AAUUUUCCCUUUUGCUUUUGAAUUUUUCAUCUGCAUCUAGGAUUAGAAUAUUAGUUAGAGACCGAGUUUAUUCAAGUCCUUAAUCUCCUCAGGUAUAUUUCCAAUAUUGAUAUACAUGUCUCACUGUUAAGGUUCCUAGUUUUGGAUCGAGUCGCUGGACGAUUAACUAAAAAGUCAGGCUGUCAGGUCUAAGCCCUUGUUCUUAUUCCUUGUUUUGCUUAUAAUUGCUGAAAUUUGCAAUUCAUUCAGGGAAUUGCAAGCUUGGAAACUUGUUUGAGAAUGUUUUGAAUCUCUGAAACUUGAUAAAAUCCAACUUAUUUUAUUAAUAAUGUCAACUCUCUUAAAUAGAGGUUUACAAUAACAAGAGUCCUAAUAAAUUAGAAAUAACAAAGUCUUAUAAAACUAAAAUAAUUAGAAUCCUAAUCCACCCAGAAAGUUUUGUUCGACUAAAAUAAUAAUUCAAAAAUAUUAAUCAUUCUUGUGUUUGUAUAUUGUUUCCCGACAAACACAUCAAUAACAUUACUCCCUUCGUGAAGGAAAAGCUUGUCCUCAAGCUUGAAGUAUGGAAAGACAGAUUUAAAAUGAUGCAUUGGGAGAGUAGAGUCCUCAACGGAUAGGCCAUACCACUGAACUAGAAUUUCCCAAUUACCACGAUUAAGACGUGAUCGGAGCACAGAUCAAAGGGUGGGAACAUCACGUCCUUCUUGUACUGGUGGAAAAGAAGGUGGAGUUGCAGGUACCUCACCCUUGAAUGACUUAAAAAAGUGAUACAUGAAACACAUCAUGAAGCUUGCAACCUGCACGUAGCUAAGAUGAUAAGCAACUAAUCUGAUGCGCCUCAAAACUGCAAAAGGACCAUAAUAUUUUGGUGCAAGCUUACGAUAGACAUGACUAGCUAGAGUUUUUUGGCGAUAUCUUCCCUUAUGUCAAGGGGAUUAGACAAUUUACAUAUAACUCGAAAGAUUAGGUUUUCCUUAAUUGCACAGUAUAAUUUUUCAGCAUGGGGAUACAAUUAACAACACUGUCAAUACCCAGUUCCACCACUUAAUAAUAGUGCUAAUUGCUAACUACCUAUUCUAAAUUAGACUGUCUCCUAUAACUAACAAUGAUUUCAGUAAAAUAUAUAGCUAAGCUGAUUGUUUUCAAAUCAUAACAUUAAUGGGAGGAAACCAAAAAUGUGUUGUAUAAUUUUUGACAGAGUCUCAAAUGCUAAUGUGCACUGCUAAUAUUGGGUAACUUUAUUUCCUCCGAGGAAUUUGACUUCUAAAGAAAUGAUUUUGAAAGUUAAAUAUAAGUAUGUGAGAUUGAGAUUGCUUGAUGUUUCUUUUUUGUUUUACUUUUUUCCUUGGGAGGAGAGUGUUUUUAUAGUUCAUGCUGAAAGGUCUUACAUUUAUCUUCAUCUGAAGCAUAGCUUCUUCAGGUUGAAAAUUAACUAUCUUGUUCUUCUUUAGCUGCUUUUUUCUCCAAUAGUUAUUUUAUAGACAAAAAUGGUUUGCCUUCUGUUGUGGACUUUCUUCAUCUGACGUUUCAUUAUUUUUCUUUAGUUUUAGACUUCCAUUGAUAUCAACAGAGUUAGAGAUUUCCAGCUAAAUGUCAGCCAAGGAGGAGGUUGAGGAGAGUCGUGCACUUGUUGAAUUUAAUGGGAGUGCAUCUAUAAUCAAUGAAACUGGGCUUCAAGUUUAUCCAGUUGUCAAGAUGACUCGGGCGAAGGUUUACCAUAUGCUCCUGUAGAUUGGCCAAAUGUUGGUGAUAAGUGGGGCAGGCGGGCAGGGAAAAAAGCUACAGGUUUAGGCACCUUUAAAGAUAGAUAUUUGUAUCUUCCGAAGCGUUUUCAGGCUCUAAAAGAUGGAUAGAAAAAUGCUUUUCGAAUAAGAUUUCAGUUAAAAAGUAUCUCCAGUCUGAGUAUCCUGGUAUGGAUAUAAACCAAUUCUUUGCCUCAUUCAGUUGGAUGAUUCCUUCGAGGCAGUCACCGAUCUCAAAAGAUAUUGAUUUUGACUCAGAUAUGAAAGAGAGGACUACAUAUUCAGGGACGAAAAUGCAACCUUUACUGGCUGAUUCUCCUAUCAGAGCCAUUACUUGUAAGGCUGGUAACAGAAUCUGUAGCAGUUUAACAACAGAAAAUCCUUUUUUGGAGACCAUGCUUUGUAAUAUCUGCUGCAGUGAGCCUGGUUUUUGUCAAGACUGUUGUUGUAUCCUUUGCUGUAAACCUAUCAGUGUGGAUUAUGAUGGGUACAGUAACAUUCGAUGUGGAGCAACAGUAGAUGGCUUCAUAUGUGGACAUGUUUCCCAUCUAGUGUGUUCUACGAGCUUACAUGGCUGGGACAGCCGGAGGAAGCAUCAAAUUGGAUGCAUAGAAAAGAUUUUGAAUGUUGGCAUUUGUGUUUUGCGUGGCUCACAAAAAAGGAGUGGAAAAGAAUUGUUGCAUCGUAUUGAAUCAAUCAAGGCAAAGCUUACAAAAGGAGUCCGCAUUCAAGAUGCAUUCAAAAAGGAAAGCUGUGUGGAUAGCACUGAUAUUGAUUUUGACUCAAAUAUGAAAGAGAUGACUACAUCUUCAGGGACGGAAUGCAACCUUUACUGCCUUAUUCUCCUAUUCAGAGCAAUUACUUGUAAUGCUGGUCACAUAAUUUGUAGAAGUUUGAUAAUCAUUGAAGCUGAGUUUGGUAAACCUGAAGCUGAAGCUGACACUGCUUUUACAUUCUUCAGGCAAAGCUUGGAUUUUGCGCUAAUUUGGAUUAUGUUUUUAUUAUUCUUCCUCUUCCUCUUGUAGAAACUUUCUUCUCUUCCAGACAAAGUAGCUAAUAACUACAAGGGAGUUGGAUUAGCUAUAGCAGGUGGUAGUGGUAUACUUGUUGUUCCUGUUCGUGAUCCACUUCCAUCAGCUCGUGGGCGAGAGCUAGCACCAAAUGGAAGAGCUAUGGUAUUUAUGCCGAUGCCUCAUGAAACACUACCUCUCCCUCUUGGUGCUACUAAAACCCUCUACAUAGUAGGAUUUCCUUCACACAGCUCCAGAAGAGAAGGAGCUCGCAUCCUUUGAGAUGUCAUUUACUGAAUCAUUAUUAAUUUCUGAAUAUAUUUGUUGCUUGUUCCCUAACUGCACUUACAAGAUAGUUUUUGUCCUUUUGUGGGAUACAUAGAAGUCAAACUUGUUAGAUAGGAAUCAAAACAUGUAAAUUGAUGUUUAUGCUGUUUCUAUUAGUAUAGUAUUUAUCUA